AAAACAUUACUGUCCAGUUUGGAUUAGGUGGCCACACUGCUGGACGUGCGUCAGCGUUCCAGAAUUUUGUCCAUAUUGGAGCCAGCUGUAGAAGCUGGGAAAACUUUUAAGAGUUUCUGGGCUCGUACUGGAUUGGCUGGAGGUAUUCCAAGUUGCUUAGUAGCUUUUUGGCAGGAAAUGUGCAAAAACCUGCUUUGCUUUUUAGAACAUUGUUAUUCACUGCGCGAGUUCUCAUGUGUUUCUGCCUUGCGGCUCAUUCGAAUUGCACAAGUUCUGUUUUUCUUAGCAUGUGUGAGAGAGGUACUUCUGAUUUCCUCCUGGAGGGGCCAUGUUGUCAUUUAUAAUUUACUGCAGUUCAAUCUCAGACUAGAACUAUUUGUUCUUGGAACCGCACUUUUAUUUUGAGACCACUUAUUUCUCUUUGUCGUUCUGUCACUGAUUUAUGUUCUGUGCUAUACCAUAAGGGCCUUUACACACAGGCAGAGAAGAAUCACUAUGUGGGGCACAUUCAUUGUAUUACUGUAUGUUUCAUAGCAUAACAUUGGACAUAAUCCUUCGUGAAUGUUGUCUGACUAAUGAUGAUAUUGAAGACGCCACGGUCAACAAAAUUGCGCUGUGGCUUUGUACGUUUACUCUCUCAGUGGCCGUGUGUGCAGUACUCCUCCUGCCAAUCUCAAUCCUGUCCAAUGAAGUUCUGCUCACUUUCCCACACAGUUACUACAUGCAGUGGCUCAACGGUUCUCUUAUACAUGGCCUAUGGAACUUGGUCUUCCUCUUCUCCAACCUCUCCCUGGUCUUCCUUAUGCCUUUCGCCUACUUCUUUACCGAAUCAGAAGGCUUUACAGGGUCCAAAAAGGGUGUCAUGGCCCGAGUUUAUGAGACUGCAGUGAUGCUGCUUCUCCUCACUCUGCUGGUGCUUGGCAUUGUGUGGGUGGCAUCAGCACUCCUCCAUGACAACACAGCCAGGGAGAGUCUCUAUGACCUGUGGGAGUACUACCUGCCCUAUCUCUACUCUUGCAUCUCUCUGUUUGGAGUGCUGCUGCUACUGUUGUGUACGCCCUUUGGAAUGUCACGCAUGUUUAGCGUCACUGGGAGCUUAUUGGUUAAACCACGGCUGUUGGAGAAUGUGGAGGAGACAAUGAACUGUGCUUUGUUCGAGGAGGCCUCUCUCUCCAGGAAGCUCAACAGUAACACCUCCUGCUGGCUGAGCCUGAAUAUGGAGGCGAUGAAGAGGCAGUUUGUGAGCGUGCAGGCUAAGCGCAUGGCUCUGGAGACACGAAAGAAGGCAUCACCAUGGCAACGUAACCUGGGCUACCCGCUAGUCAUGCUGCUGCUGUUGGCUUUAACGGUGGUGUGUGUGCUGAUGGUGUGUUUCCACGUACUGGAGCUGCUCAUUGAUGAGUCUGCGAUGCCCAGAGGAAUGGAGGACCCCCAUCUGGGACUAGCGUCCUUCUCAAUGUUUGGCUCCCUAGGGGCUGCUGUGCAGGUGGUCCUUAUCCUGUAUUUGAUGGUGUCUUCAGUGGUGGGUUUCUACAGUUCACCUCUAUUUAGCAGCCUGCUGCCUCGCACGCAAGACACCACCCUCACACAGAUCAUAGGGAACUGUGUAUCUCUCCUGGUGCUCAGCUCAGCUCUGCCUGUCUUCUCCCGCACUCUGGGAAUCACAAGGUUUGAUCUUCUUGGGGACUUUGGACGCUAUAACUGGCUGGGGAACUUCCACAUAGUUUUCCUGUACAAUAUGCUCUUUGCUGGUCUCACCUCCGCCUGCCUCAUCAACACAGUCACCUGGGCUGUGCAGAGGGAGCUCAUCCGUGCCUUCGGUCUCCAUCGGCUGCCUUUCACUGUGACCCGAUCUGCAAUCCCCUUCAGGCUUUUACUGGCAAGCGGACUGUCGAAAAUCCAGUGAUGGCGGUUGACCUUUUUCCAGCACAUUAUUAGCUUUCUUUCUCUCUGGUGAAAGCUCUGUGUCUGUCUCCUGUUGGACUAGAGGCAUGCUGUGUUCAGUCAAUCAGCUAAUGAGUGAGCAGAUCACCAGAAGGCUGGUGGAAGAUCUGUGCUGCUUGCAGUCUGGUAGCGGUCCUUGGAGUUUAUUCUGAAAUGACCAUCUAAGGAGCAUCUUGGACUGCAGUUCUGUGUGAACGCUGCAUGCGGUAAUACCCAGUAUCCUCAAACAUGUAGGUGAAGUUCAUAUACAAAGGGAUUGAAGCAGUCUUCAGUUUCUCUGAAGGUUGUGUGUUCACUCAGUCUCUAAUGCCUUAAUGAAAAAUGCACAGUGGCUUCAGAGGUGGGACUCUGACGCAAAUCCAUUCACUAAAGCUAUUUCAGAGGAUGACAUAAUAAAACUUGACAGUGUUUCCUUUUCCUGUCAGUGGACUGAGGGAGUUCAGUUCUGUACUGGUAAGCCCCCGACCCUUUCCCCUCAUGCACCACUAUUUUUAGCCUUCGUUCACCAAAGUCCCAUUGCCGUUUCUCAAUGGGUCCUAACUACUCUUUUGGAGGAAAGCAGUCACAGGACGUCCAGUCUGAUGAGGGAGGAAAGGGUACAGCAUGACAGGAUUCUGUCCUAUAUUAGAGACAAUCAAAUGGGAUAACUGGUAAAAUUUAUUUUCUCAGUGUUCUCAAAGUGAAAGGUUAUCGGCCUGUUUUGCACCAUAACUUGAAAGAAAAAUAUGCAUUUUUUUAAAAGGACCAAGAUAACUGUGAAUGUUUGUUUUUUUCUUUUUUGUUUUGUUUAUUUUUUUAUUUUAUUAUUAUUAUUAUUUUUUAAUUUCAGCCAUAACAUUUAAAACCACCUUAUUGUUUCUACACUCAUUGUCAGCUCCACUUACUGUACAGGUGCACUUUGUAGUUCUACAGUUAGUUCUAGACUGUAGUCCAUCUGUUUCUCUGCAUAUUGUGUUAGCCCCCUUUCACACUGUUCUUCAAAGGUCAGAACUACCACAAGACUACCACAGGGCAGGUAUUAUUUGGAUGGUGAAUGAUUCUCAGCACUACAGUGACACUGAGUCUGGUGAUGGUGUGUUAGUGUUGUGCUGGUACGAGUGGAUCAGACACAGCAGUGCUACUGGAGCUUUUAAACACCUUGGUGUUGCUGCUGCACUGAGAAUAGUCCAACAACUAAAUGUCCAGCCAACAGCGUCCUGUGGGCAGCAUCCUGUGACCACUGAACUAGAUUUUGUCUCCAACCCUGGUCUUGGAGAGCUAUCUUCCUGUAGAGCCUAGUUCCAAACAGUUUGCCCCACCUGCUCCAUCUAAUUAACCUCUUCCCAAGUCCCUUAUUGGCUGGAUCAGAUGUAUUAGUGUUAAGUAAGGGGCAGGGCAGUUUACUGGAUUAAGGGUGGAACCAAACUCUGCAGAAAGGUAUUCUCCAGGACCAGAGUUGGAGACCACUGGUCUAGAGGAUGACUAACACAAACUGUGGAGCAACAAAUGAGCUACUCUCUCUGACUUUACAUCUACGGCGUGGUCCAACAAGGUAGAUAUGUCUAAUAGAGUAGAUAGUGAGUGGACACUUUGUUCAAUACCUCUAGCAGCACUGCUGUGUCUGAUCCUCUUGUACCAGCACAACACACACUAACACGCCACCACCAUGUCAGUGUCACCGCAGUGCUGAGAAUGAGCCACCACCCAAAUGAUACUGGCUCUGUGGUGGUCCUGUGGGGGUAAACAAACUAUGCAGAGCAACAAAUGGAUUACAGUAUGUAACUGCAGAACUACAAAGUGCUCCUAUAUCAUAAGUGGAGCUGAUAAAAUGGACAGUGAGUGUAGAAACAAGAAGGUGGUUUUAAUGUUAUGGCUGAUCAGUGUAUAUUUACUGUAUUUCUUUUUGAGAUUCAACUGCAAUUCAAGUGCAAUAUUAUACUGUAUAGAAUGUUGGAUAUAAAAUAAUGGGUUACAUUUUACUGAAGGGAAGCUUUUAUGAUGCUACCUACAUAAGCCUUUCUUGUCAACUGAUAGAAACCUAUACAGACUUUUAUAAAGGCUCAUUCCAACAAGCGUCAGUUGAGGUGAAAUGAACAAAACUGACAAAGCAGCCUUUAUGUCAGCUGACUCUUGUUGGAAUAAACAGUUGUCUUUACAAAUGUUUAUGUAGGUUUCUCAGUUGUCAUUAAGGCUUAUUAAGGUUUAUGCAAAUGUUAUGUAGUCUUACAAAUGCUCCCCUUCAGUAAAAUGUCACCAGAUUAUGUAACACAGAUGCCUCUUCCAGAUGACUUCUUUUAUGGGAUGUGGCAUUUAGUGAGGUUUACAGAAAAUGCAUGGCAAAUUCAGUUUUUAGAUAUAUAACAGGCAGACGCCACUUUCUCUGCUCUAGAUUUAUCAAAUGUGUCUAUUUAAUACUUUUUUCUUUUUUAAAAAAAUAAUAUUUAUAUCCGUUCACUUUUUUACUUCAUUUGCUGUAUCAGCAUGUUUUAAACAAAUGUCCUUUUGUGUAAUGGCCAGAAGGGGACAGUGUACUCUAAUCACAUUAUGCCUCAUACUUGUGGUUCCGUUAUAUUAAUUUGUUCUUGAUUUCUCCUCAUAAGGCAUUUUUGCUCUCUUCAGAUCAGUGGCUUACGAGGAAUGGGGUCAUGUUUUCUACACUAGGCAUUUAUAUUGCAUGUUUUGUUGUGAGAGAUAGAACAGCCUUUUGAGUUGUGUUAAUUAGGGAUUACGAGCUGUGGAAAUGGUGAGAUUCUGUCUCUAUUAAAUUAUGUGAAUAAUCCUUAAAUUUAGUUUUUGUUUUUCUUUUUUUUUUCUUUUUUUUUCCUUAAAGGCAAAAACAAAGCUGAAGGAAUGUAAGAAGCAGUAACCAGGGUGGAAGUCUUAUAUUUAAAAAAGGCAUUUGAGUUUUUAAAGGUUUUAAAGUGUUGGUAAACCCAAUUGUACACUGUUUACAUUGUCUUAUUAUGUAGUUUGGAAUGAUGUGAGUGAAAAUUGAGACAAAAAGAACAAUAAAUGUAUUUCCAUCUGCUUUUCUAAA